CAUUCACCAUUUCCCAUAUAUCUGUGCUCACUUGCUCUCCCUCUCUCUUUUUCACCUUCAGUGACAUAAUCCCCUUUAAUCCUUAUGAUCAAUUUCUCUCAGUCCUUGUUCAAAUCUGAUCACAAUUAAUGGAGUCAACGUCGUCCUUCUCCUUGCUUUCCAUCUUUGAGAAGAAGACCACCCAAAUCGAUCUCUACCGCCAUCUCCUAAAUACUCUCCCCCUCUCUCUCAAAUCAUGUUCCUAUCUUAACCUAAAUUUCCCGAUUCUCUCUCUCUCUCUACCUUAGCCGUGCCUCAAACCCAUAUCUCAUCUCUCAAAGGAUUAAUUGUAAUUGGAAGGACCAAAGGAUGUAGAAAGGGGAUCUCGCUCCGUUCCUAGCAUCUGUCAAUCCCUACUGUCAGUUCGCUCUCUCCGGCUCCAAGGAUGGUGAGCUUCGUCUCCGGAAGAUGGAAGCCAUCACCGAAUCUUAGGUUUCUUAUUCAAUCCAAGAGAAACCCAAAGGAGGAGAAAUUAUGCAGUUCCGCGGCUCUCCUGGUAUUGCCAAACCCAAAGAUGACGAGGCUGCUUGAGACGGAGACCAGCCCAGUUGCUGGAAGCAUGUGGACGUGGCCGAGCGAUUGUGUUGCAUACUUGGAUUGUACUUGGAAUCUUAUUCAAUUAGUUGGGCACUCUACCUUCAAUGACGAACAAAGAAGGCUCUCCUUUUAUGCUGCAAUGUUCCUUCCACUUAGGAAGACCAUGUAUAAAGAUAGGAAAGCAAAAGAUGUUCCUGUCGUGAAUUAUUUUUUCAGAGACUCCCUUAAACAAAGAGACAGCAAUGCUGAAACUGUUAUUAAUUUACACAAUGCAUUGGAGAAGUUUGUGUCUUUGCUUCCUCACUUUGUACCAAAUGGGGAUGUAAAACUCGCCGAAGUUGAUUUGGGAAGAGAAUAUGUUGAUGUCCCUCUUACAUCAGAAGAAUCGAAACUCCGAGUGUUAACAGCGUUGUUUACACCUCAACAUGCAAUUACCUUGAACUCUUUUUCUGAGUCACUGAGCUUCUUAUUGUCAACCUUGCACUUUCAACUGUCCAGGGUUUCUUUUACGAGAAAUUAAAGAUUUUUGGCUCUAAGGAUGAAGGCACUGCAAAUCAAAAGAGGUAAAAAAACAGUGUCGAAACCAGCUGUUGAAAAGACUUAUGCACCACCUAAAUCUGCCUUCACCAAACAUGAUCAAUAGUAUGAGAUAUUAGUGUUUUUUGGGUUUCAUUUGCUGAUCAUGCCAACUGCUAUGGGUUAUUGAACUGAUGUUUACUACGUUUAGCUCCAUUAUGGAUGUAUGUAUAGCUGCAGUAACAGAUUAAUCAAAUAUUGGUAUUUUUUAUGAAUGGAUUCCAUAUUUGAUGAAUGCAUUGGGUAGU